UUCCGGCCUCCCGCUUUCCUCUCUCCUCCUACUUUCUCUCUCUUCCCCCCUUCUUCUCUCUCUCUCUCUCUCUCUCUCUCUACUCCCGAUCUCCCUGUACACGUCCAUGUCUUCCAUUCUUAUACCACUGUCCCUGUUCCUUUUAAGCCUCGAAGCUCUAUCCGCGUCAUCAGCUUCAAUCGGAUCUCGCUCGGUCCUCAGGGCCGUCGUCGUCGAAAAAACCGGAAACCAGCCGGAUUUCGCCGUAGAUUUGAACGCCACGAAUUUCGAUGCCGUCCUCAGGGACACCCCGGCCACCUACGCCAUUGUUGAAUUCUUCGCUCACUGGUGCCCUGCUUGCAGAAAUUAUAAGCCACAUUAUGAAAAGGUAGCGAGGCUUUUCAAUGGACCUAAAGCAGUUCAUCCAGGGAUCAUAUUGAUGACAAGAGUAGACUGUGCAUCAAAGAUAAAUACUGAUCUUUGUGAUAGGUUCUCCGUGGGUCAUUAUCCUAUGCUUUUUUGGGGCGCUCCUUCUAAAUUUGUCUCUGCUGGUUCAAAACCUAAACUAGACAAAAAUGAGAUACUUGGCAUUGACGACGGGCGGACAGCUGAUCGCUUGCUUAAUUGGAUAAACAAGCAAUUAGGAAGCUCAUAUGGCUUGGAGGAUGAGAAGUUUGAAAAUGAGCAUCUCCAAUCAAAUGUGUCAGACCCUGGACAGAUUGUACGCGCUGUAUACGAUGUUGAGGAAGCAACAUCAACUGCCUUUGACAUCAUCUCAGAGCACAAGAUGAUCAAUUCGGAGACUCGGGCAUCACUCAUAAAAUUUCUUCAACUUCUUGUGGCUCAUCAUCCAUCUAGAAGGUGUCGGAAGGGAAGCGCAGAGUUCCUUGUCAACUUUGACGAGUUGUACCCAUCAGAUAUGUUGGCAGACAAAAAACAGGAAACCAUCAUCGCUAAUGGGAAGGGCGCACUAGGAAAUUUACAGAUUUGUGGGAAAGAAGUUCCUCGUGGAUAUUGGAUGUUUUGUCGAGGCAGCAGGAAUGAUACAAGGGGAUUUAGCUGUGGUUUAUGGGUUCUAUUGCAUUCACUCUCUGUGAGAGUUGAAGACGGGGAGAGCCAGAUGGCAUUUUCAGCUAGUUGUGAAUUUAUUCACAGUUUCUUCAUCUGUGAGGAGUGCCGCCAACACUUUCAUGACAUGUGUUCAAGUGUUUCUACUCCUUUCAACAAAACCCGUGACUUUGUCCUCUGGUUGUGGAGUGCACAUAACAAAGUCAACGAGAGAUUAAUGAAAGAAGAAACAUCUCUCGAAACAGAUGAUCCAAAGUUCCCGAAGAUGAUAUGGCCUUCGAAACAGCUUUGCCCCUAUUGUUCUCUCUCCAAAAGCCAGGAACGUAAUGGUACUAGUCAGAUUGAUUGGGACCACGAUGAGGUUUUCAAGUUUUUGGGUAGCUACUAUGGAAAGAUGCUUGUGACUGUGUACAAGGGCAAGGGGCUCGAGGAUGGUGGGACCGACAAGGCUGUCGCUGAUGAUCUGACAGUCUCUACGAAUGCACUUGUGGUGCCUGUCGGGGCUGCAUUGGCAAUCGCCGUGGCCAGCUGUGCAUUUGGAGCACUUGCUUGCUUUUGGCGCUCGCGGCAGAAGAAUAGGAAGCCGAGGAGAAGCUGGAAUUGAGGUUGUGUUUUAAGGGACAGAAUAUUCACAUGGCCAUCAGUUUAAGGAACACAAACAGGUGAAUUCAGGAGAGCUGGAUAGGAACAUAGACACAAAAAGCCUUGUACCAAAUAGUCUGAUUGAGGUCUUCUUCGACACCCUCGGCCUUUUCUUCCGAAUAUAUCUAAUUGAAUGUACAGUUUGAUGACCCUAUAUUUGGAUUCAUAUGGUCCAACGACGGCCUUGAGUUUUUCUUA